CAAUCCACCAGCUUUCCAUCUUUUGCAAAUUUCAGCCCAUCUGCGAUUCUCAAGAGAAGCAUAAUUGCAGAACUCCUCUGUCGUCUUCACCCGGGAACAGUGUAUACGAAGCUGCGUUCCACACGCCCAACCCAUCUGCUGCAAUCGGCUUCGCAACCUCAGAGCCCUCACAAAUUUUUCCGAUAUCUGGACCCAAUUUCCGCCCAUCGCCAGGAAAAUGGAUCCACACCAAAUCCUCCAGAUUUCUCCCCUGGAGAAAUUCAACCGAAAUACAUGCGCUCUUCUUGAUUCCCUCCGCAAUCCCCUAUAUGACGCUCUGCAAAACUAUUUGAACCCAUGCUUCCUAGCCUCGGCCGUGUUCUAUGUGCAAGGUGCCAUUGGAUUAGUUAUGACCAUCCAGAUAUUCACGCUUUUGUUUCGAAAUUCCUACGGAAUCUAUAGAAUCAAAUACUCCUUCGGAAACCCGUGGAAUAUUCGAAGCGUGGGUGUGCUUCAUUUUUUCAGGCUCACCUGUGCGUUGUUGCAGACGCUCCUAUAUGCUGUGCUCAUAAUGUUGAACCCAAAAACUGCAACUCUGCCAUUUUCCGAUGCCAAAUUUGCCGGGCUUUUGGCACUGUUUUCUGUUACGCUCUUCUUUGUGAUUCCUUUGCAUUUUUUGGAGACUACACGGUCUGCUGUGGGCCACGGCUCGCUCAUUACAUACUGGUUAUUUUCUACCAUAGCAUUUGCCAUCAUUCUAGUGCUGGACUUUGUGUCACCCUACAAAGUGUAUAUCCCGGCUCACGACAAGUCAGCACAUGCCCUUGCCUAUACACUGGAGGUCUUAGUACUUGUGAACGCCGUCUGCUCCUUCGUUUUCGAGGUCUACUUGUACUCUCCGUCGGCAGAGCUAAAGGACUACUUUGAGUUGAAUGACUGGGACAUCUACACCGUCAAGAACUUGAUUUACACCUUGACAUUCAAAUGGCUCGAGCCCAUUUUGCAGAAAGUCGAGCGCGAGCAUACCAUCGAAGUGACCGAAAUCCCCAACACGAUCGUUGAGUUGAAGAGCGACGUGACCAUUAGUCAGGUACGUGAAAGCUGGGCCUACGAGUUGAAAAGAGCCGCCUGGUGGAGAGACAGAAGACUCAGAAAGAAAAAGAACCCUUCACAUAAAGACAGUCAGGUGCAGCCUUCGUUGUUCCUUACUUUGUUGCGUGUCCACUACCAAACGCUUGCGCUUGGUUUCUGUGGUGAGAUCGUGGAUAUCACUUGCGCGACUCUUGCUCCGUUUUUGCUCCAAGGGUUUAUUCUUUUCAUCUACGAAUCAUCAGAUCUCUCGGGUGACGAAGUGGCGCCUCCGGUGAUCAGAGGCUUUGCCUUUGCAUUCGGCAUCUUUCUUUGCUCAUUCAUCAAGUUCAUUUCCUUCAACCAGUACUUCAUAACCUUCUUCCGGUGUUCUUUUAGCAUCAAGUCUGCCAUGACCUGCUUGAUUUACGAGAAGGCACUCAAGUUGUCCCCAGAGGCGAAAAAAGAAAAGUCCACCGGAGACAUUGUCAACCAUGUUGCUGUGGAUGUGAACGACAUUGCAUCCAGCCUUGAAACUUGCUCCGAUGCUGUGGCCAUCCCUUUGAGGUUGUUUUUUUGCUUGGCCGCUCUUCACAGGCUUUUGGGAAAUGCCAUGUGGGCUGGCUUGGCCACAACCGUCAUCUUGGUUCCUUUGAGUACGCGUAUCACGACAAUGAUAUAUUCGCUUUACAAUACUCAAAUGGAAUAUAAAGAUGCCAGGACACGUUUGACCAGCGAAAUUCUUAACUCAAUCAAGAGUAUCAAACUCUACUCGUGGGAGACCCCUAUGUUGAAGAAACUCGACGAAGUAAGAAACAAGAAAGAGCUCGUCAACCAAAAGAAAAUGGGAAUAUACAAUGCUGGCUCUACUUUCUUGUGGGGUUGUAUUCCUUUUGUCAUUUCGUGUACAGUGUACUCAGUCUACGCCACGGUCAUGAAACAGACAUUAACCCCCUCUGUCAUCUUUCCUGCUCUAUCUUUGUUUUCUCUUUUGACAGAGCCUGUCACCAUGCUCCCUGCUAUCUUCUCAAAUAUCAUGGAAGCCAAGGUUGCAUUGGAAAGAAUGUCUCAUUACUUCAUCUUGGACGAAAUUGAGAAGGGCAUUGUCCACAGAUCUUACAAAUCACUCCGUCCAAACGACACCAGUGUAGAGAUAAAGCUGGCAAAUUUUGUGUGGUCUUCAGUCAUAGCAAAAGAGUUAGACGAGGCUGAUGAGCUGAACUAUGCUUUGAGAGAUAUCAACUUCACUGCCAAAAAAGGGCAAUUGACGUGUGUGGUUGGAAGAGUUGGUGCUGGUAAAACCACCAUUCUCAAAGCACUCAUUGGUGAAAUUCCCCUUGUUGAUGAAAACGAUGCUUCUGUUUCUGUCAAUGGUACCGUUGCCUAUUGUUCUCAAAACCCAUGCAUUUUAAACACUUCCAUCAGAGAAAACAUUUUGUUUGGAAAGAGAUACGAUGCGGGCUUUUACAAAAAGACAGUUGAUGCCUGCCAAUUGACUAGCGACUUUGAGGUUUUACCCAAUGGCGAUGCAACCUUGGUUGGUGAAAAAGGCAUUUCUCUUUCCGGUGGGCAAAAAGCCCGUGUUUCUUUGGCACGUGCGCUUUACUCAAGAGCUGAUGUAUAUCUAUUGGAUGAUGUCUUGUCAGCCGUUGAUGCACAUGUUGGGAAGAAAAUCACCAAACAAGUACUAAGCUCCACUGGUUUGCUUUCCACAAAGACCUUAAUUCUCGCCACCAAUUCCAUGAAAAUUUUGCGUUUAGCGCAUGAGACUGUUUUCUUGGAAAAAGGCAGGAUUACCGAACGUGGCACAUUCACGGAACUUAUGCAAAAAGGCGGUGAAGUUUCAAAACUCAUGAACGAAUUUGCUCAAGAAGAUGACGAAGAAAAGACUGGUGAGAAUGAUAAUGUGGAGACGGAUAUUGAACAAAUCGCAGAAUCUACUGAGUCUAGCGAUAGUGAAGACCUUCUCAUGUCAAAGCCAUAUCAACCAGUGACUUUGGCUGAGGUUGAGGACUUGGGUGAAGCUGCUCUUACGAGAGUCAUGACCCAUCACACUAUUGGAGCAACCAGUGCAGUUUCUUUUGGCCAUGAGUACAUUUUUGAAGAUGAGUUUCACACAAAGCAAAGUUCCUUGGAAAACAAGGAAAAUAAAGAACAAGGCCACGUGAAAUGGAAGGUAUAUCUUGAGUUUCUUCGUGCUUGUAAUUGGAUCUACAUCGCCAUCUGGUGUUUGUUCUUUUGGGCGGUCGUGGGAAUGAACAUCAUAGGCAACUGGGUUUUGAAAUACUGGUCGGAGAAAAACCUUGUUAGUGGGCACAAUGUUUCUCCCACCCUAUUCUUGUCUAUCUACGCUUUUACUGGAGUUGCUGGUGGCUUCCUCACGUUCGCAAGUGCGUAUAUUAUUUGGACAUUUAGUGCGGUGAGAAGCUCCAUGUAUUUCCAUGACAAAAUGGCCAACAGUGUCUUGAGAUCGCCGAUGGCCUUUUUCGAUACUACUCCAAUUGGCAGGAUCUUGAACCGAUUUUCAGACGAUAUAUCUGUAUUAGACCAGCAAGUGCUUUGGUCUCUCACUAUGUUUGUCUCCUUCUUGAUAGAGUGUUUCACUAGACUUGCCAUUGUGGUAUUUAACUUACCUUUCAUGUUGGUUGUCAUAGUAUGCUUGCUAUUCCUCUACAACCACUUCAGAAAUAAGUUCAUGCCUGCUUCAAGAGAGCUCAAAAGACUCAAGUCAGCACUGCGAAGUCCAGUCUUUUCUCAUUUACAAGAGUCUAUCAAUGGUGUGGAGACAAUAAGAGCUUACAAUGAAGACGAGAGAUUCAUUCACUCCAACAGAAUUAAAGUUGACAACGUUACAAAGAUUGAUUGGACCAUUCAGGGCUGUAACAGAUGGUUAUCGAUGAGACUCCAAUUCAUUGCUGCUUUGAUUGUUCUCUUCUCGUCUAUGAUGAUAUUGUACGGUGUUCACUCCGGAAGAGGCCUUAGUCCUUCUAUGGUUGGUUUUCUUAUGACAUAUGUCUUCAGUUCCACAAGCACUCUUAAUGCGAUCAUCAGAUUAUGGGCAGAGGUUGAGACCAAAGCUGUCAGUCUUGAACGUUUGAUUGAGUAUGGUAACUUACCAUCUGAGGCAGAGAUGAUUAUUGAAAACAACAGGCCUGAUAGUCAUUGGCCUGCCACGGGUGAAAUUCAUUUCAAAGACUACAGUACGAGAUAUCGUGAGAACUUGGAUCCUGUCUUGCGCAACAUUAAUUUGGACAUCAAGCCAGCCGAAAAGGUGGGUAUUGUCGGAAGAACAGGAGCGGGGAAAAGUUCUCUUACUCUUGCCUUGUUCCGUAUUGUCGAGGCAACCACCGGCCAAAUUGAUAUCGAUGGAAUCAACAGUGGCACUAUUGGUCUUUUCGAUCUCAGGACUCAGCUCAAUAUUAUUCCACAAGAUGCACAUGCCUUCGAAGGCACCGUGAGAGAGAAUUUGGACCCAUUCGGACUGUACUCUGACGAGACCCUUUGGAAAGCUCUCGAAAUGGCGCAUCUCAAAGAGCAUGUGGAGUCCAUGAAAACUACUUUGAAGAAAGAUGACAAAAAGACUGAUGAAAAUGGCAAAGAGCUUGAACAGCAAGUAGGACUUGACGCCAGAGUUGUUGAAGGUGGAUCCAAUCUUUCUUCGGGCCAGAAACAACUUUUGUGUCUUGCGCGUGCAUUGUUAAAGGAAUCCAAGGUUUUAGUCUUGGAUGAAGCAACAGCUGCUGUGGAUGUUCAAACUGACAAAAUCAUUCAAGAAACAAUUCGCUCCGAGUUCAAAGACAAAACCAUUUUGACUAUCGCACAUCGUUUGGAUACCAUCAUGGACAGCGACAGAGUUCUCGUGUUAGAAAGAGGGAUGGUAAAGGAGUUUGACACACCUCAGAACUUGCUUGAAGACACUAAAAGCGAAUUCUAUUCAUUGUGCAAAGAGGGUGGAUAUCUCGAUAAAAAACAGUCUUAGAAUUAUUUAUAUGAUUAGACUACUAUAUACCAAGAAUAAGAAAAUUUAUGGCUU